CCAGCUCUGCCGAGUCACCCGCGGCGUGUAGUCUGUCAAUCAUUGCCGAGCAGGAGGAGCCAAGUGUAUUUUCCCCGGUGUCUGCCGGUCCCCUGUCUCCAUUUCUGCCAUCAACAGCCCCAAGUGGGGCAAAUCGGACGUUACAAACCCCACCGUUAAUAAAGAUAAACUUGGUCUCCUAUCCGUAUCAGAAGCAACACUAAAGACAUUUAAAAAUGGACAGUGAGAAAAGGAAGAGCGAAGUGAAUGGAAUUGAUGGAGCUGCAGUGGCCAUAUCAGACCCCAGCACAAAAAAGAAAAAGAAAUUUCUUUUUGGUAAAAAUAAAGAUAAAGAAAAACCGGAAAAGCCAAAAAUGGUCAGCCCGUUCACUAUGUUUAGAUAUUCCAGCGCAACAGACAAGCUGUUAAUGGUUGUUGGAUCCAUUGCGGCAAUAGUGCAUGGAGCAGGUCUACCGCUAAUGAUGCUGGUAUUUGGUGAUAUGACAGACAGCUUUGUCGAAGCCGGGCAAAAUGCGGCGAACAAUCAAUCAAUGAAUUCUACAUUCAACCUACAGGAUCAAAUGACUACAUAUGCCUAUUAUUAUACUGGCUUGGGAUUCGGAGUGCUGGUGACUGCUUAUAUACAGAUCUCAUUCUGGACUCUUGCGGCUGGCAGACAGAUUCGAAAAAUUAGAAGGAACUUUUUCCAUGCUGUUCUGCGUCAAGAAAUCAGCUGGUUUGACGUCAACGAUGCAGGAGAACUGAACACGAGACUCACAGACGAUGUCGCCAAAGUUAAUGAAGGAAUUGGAGACAAAAUUUCAAUGUUGCUUCAGUCUUUGUCUACAUUCUUAACCGGAUUUGUUAUUGGGUUUGUCAAAGGCUGGAAGCUGACUCUCGUUAUUUUAGCCAUUAGUCCAGUGAUGGGACUUUCAGCUGCCAUUUGGUCAAAGAUUUUGUCUGCGUUCACCAACAAAGAGCUGACAGCCUAUGCCAAAGCUGGUGCUGUUGCUGAAGAGGUGCUUGCAGCCAUUAGGACCGUGAUGGCCUUCGGCGGACAAAACAAGGAAAUAGAGAGGUAUGAAAAAAACUUAGAGGAUGCCAAGAAAAUAGGCAUAAAAAAGGCAGUAACCGCCAACAUUUCAAUAGGAUUUGCUUUCUUAAUGAUAUAUGCCUCCUACGCAUUGGCAUUUUGGUAUGGUACAACUCUGGUUAUAGAUGAAGGGUACAGCAUCGGCGGUGUUCUCACGGUAUUUUUUGCCGUCAUUCUUGGUGCAUUUAGUAUUGGACAAACAUCACCCAAUAUUGAGGCCUUUUCCAAUGCCAGGGGAGCAGCCUAUGCAAUAUUUAAUAUUAUUGAUAACGUGCCCAAAAUUGACAGCUUUUCCACCGAAGGCUUUAAACCUGACAAAAUUAAAGGAGACAUUGAGUUUAAGAAUGUGAAGUUUACUUACCCGUCCAGACCAGAUAUUCAGGUUUUAAAAGGACUGAACUUGAAGAUUCCCAGCGGCGAAACCGUGGCUUUAGUUGGCAGCAGCGGCUGUGGAAAGAGUACCACGGUGCAGCUAAUCCAGAGGUUCUACGAUCCUGAAGAAGGCUCAAUAUACAUCGACGGACAAGACAUCCGGACCUUAAACACUAGGUACUUAAGAGAGAUCAUUGGCGUGGUGAGCCAGGAGCCAGUGCUGUUUGAUACUACAAUCGCAGAAAAUAUCCGCUUUGGUCGUGAGAAUGUCACAAUGGAAGAAAUUGAGAAAGCAACCAUAGAUGCCAAUGCAUAUAAUUUUAUUAUGAAUUUACCUGAGAAAUUCGAUACACUUGUGGGAGAGAGGGGGACGCAGUUGAGCGGAGGUCAGAAGCAGAGAAUCGCCAUCGCUAGAGCUCUUGUCCGCAAUCCCAAAAUCCUCCUUCUAGAUGAAGCCACGUCUGCUCUAGAUACAGAAAGUGAAGCGGUUGUCCAGGCUGCUCUUGAUAAGGCUAGAGAAGGGCGUACCACCGUUGUAGUUGCUCACCGCUUGUCCACAAUCCGAAAUGCAGACACCAUCGCUGGCUUUGAUAAUGGAGUCAUCACCGAACAAGGCAGUCACAACGAGCUGAUGAAAAAGGAAGGCGUUUAUUACAAGCUGGUUACAAUGCAGACGAUCGACACAAAUGAAGGUGAAGAAGGUGAAAUGCAUGAAGUGGAUGAAAAGAAAUCACCAACUCUGAAUCAUUCAAAAUCAAUGCUUUUAAGAAAGAGAUCAAGCAUAAGAACCUCAAGGAAAACAACCGAGAAACAAGAAAAGGAGGAGGAAAACGACAAGAAUGCUGUUGAAGAUGUGCCACAGGUUUCAUUUUUUAAGGUUUUGAGGCUGAACAAACCAGAAUGGCCAUACUUUGUUGUUGGAGUGAUUUGCUCAAUAAUCAAUGGUGCCACGCAACCUGUGUUUGCCAUCAUUUUUUCCGAGAUCAUUGGGAUAUUUGGAGGACCACCAGAUGACGUCCGGCAGAAAAGUAACAUGUUCUCACUGUUGUUUCUGGCACUUGGUGGCAUAUCUUUUGUAACCUUUUUCCUGCAGGGUUUCACCUUUGGAAAAGCUGGAGAGAUCCUCACAAAAAGACUCCGGCUCAUGGCUUUCAAGGCAAUGUUGCGACAGGAAAUUGCCUGGUUUGAUGAUUCCAAGAACAGCACUGGUGCUUUAACCACAAGACUAGCCACAGACGCUUCGCAAGUGCAGGGGGCAACAGGUUCCAGGUUGGCGUUGCUUUCUCAGAACAUUGCAAACCUGGGUACUGCUGUUAUAAUAUCAUUUGUUUACGGGUGGCAGCUGACCCUUCUUAUUCUGGCAAUUGUGCCAGUCCUUGCCAUUUCUGCGCUUAUUGAGAUGAAAAUGUUUGCUGGACAUGCCAAAAAAGACAAAGAGGAACUGGAAGUGGCUGGGAAAAUCGCCACUGAUGCUGUUGAAAAUAUCCGCACUGUUGUGUCUUUGACACGAGAGAAGAAAUUUGAGUCACUUUAUGAGCAAAAUUUGGAAGGCCCUUACAGUAAUUCCAUCAAAAAAGCUCAUAUACAUGGAUUGACAUUUGGCCUUUCUCAGGCCAUCAUGUUCUUUGCGUAUGCUGGAUGCUUCCGUUUUGGUGCCUACCUAGUGGCAAUCAACGCAAUGAAAUUUGAUGAUGUGUUCCUGGUGUUCUCAGCCAUUGUAUUUGGUGCUAUGGCUUUGGGCCAGACCAGUUCCUUUGCUCCAGACUAUGCUAAAGCCAAGAUGUCGGCAUCUCAUAUAUUCAAUCUUCUGGAAAGAGUACCCCUGAUUGACAGCUACAGCAGCGAAGGCGAGAAGCCUGAUCAAUGUAGUGGGUAUGUGACAUUCAAGGGUGUUCAGUUUAAUUAUCCAACCCGUCCCGACGUUCAAGUACUACGGGGCCUGGAUCUGACCGUUAAAAAGGGAGAGACCCUGGCACUGGUGGGCAGCAGCGGAUGCGGGAAAAGUACAACAGUCCAACUUCUGGAGAGGUUCUACGACGCUAGUGAAGGAGAAGUGUGUUUGGAUGACCAUGGGGUGAAGAUGCUGAACAUCCAGUGGCUCCGAGCACAGAUGGGGAUCGUGUCCCAGGAACCCAUGCUGUUUGACUGCAGCAUUGCUGAGAACAUCGCAUAUGGUGACAACAGCCGGAAGGUGUCACAAGAGGAGAUUGAAAUGGCAGCCAAAGAAGCCAAUAUCCACAGUUUCAUUGAAUCUCUGCCUGAUAAAUAUAACACACGUGUUGGAGAUAAAGGAACCCAACUGUCUGGAGGUCAGAAGCAGAGGAUUGCCAUAGCACGAGCACUUGUACGGCAGCCUACAAUUCUUCUCCUUGACGAAGCUACAUCAGCACUGGAUACAGAGAGUGAAAAGGUUGUACAGGAAGCUUUGGACAAAGCCAGAAAAGGCCGCACGUGCAUAGUAAUCGCUCACCGAUUGUCGACUGUCCAGAAUGCAGAUAAAAUUGCAGUGAUCCAGAAUGGAAAGAUUGUAGAACAAGGGACACACCAACAGCUUGUCCAACAGAAAGGAGUCUACUAUACGCUGGUCACCAUACAGCUUGGACACACAUGAGCCCAACACAAAAUAUUUUAGGAUGUGGUGCUAAAGCAUGAGACUCAAGAAUAAAAGUCACUUAUCUUUGCCAAUAAGCCAAAAAGUGUUGAAGUGUGCUUGUUUCUUGUUCCUUAUUUGUUCUGUGGACAAGUCUCUUGACCCGAUGAGCAUUCCUUCUACAAGCAGCAAGGAAGGGAUUUCACCUGACAUUCUUCAGUUUGUCUGUUCUUUCAAAUUAUUCGUUAACAGCAGGAGAUGAUGAAACUACUGGUCUGUUUCCUUACGACAAAAGGGAAAAAAGCUUUACAGUGUCCUCAGUAUUCCUUCUUUAUUUCUAAACAUAAUUGUUUGUCCUUUAAAUACUUUACCUGUCUUUACUGUGGUUUUGUAUUUUGCUUAUCAUGUUAACACUGGAAUAAAGUUCUGCUGAGCAGCGAUUAGAAA